CGAACAGCUCAUGAUGCUUUGAAACUUGGCUUCCGCGUGGUUCUAGUUGAAGACGCUUGUGCAGGCAUUAACUCAGAAGAUAUCCAACGAGAAAAAAACGAUCUGACGGCCUUAGGAGCUUAUUGGGCCAAAUCCGAUGAGGUGAGCCCUUAA